UAUUUGCACCCCUCAAGAUUCAUAAUACCCAUUACCCAGAACAGAUCUUUCUUUCUCUAUUUUAGGCCUUUUAGGAUUAUAGAGAGCUUAACAUAGCUUUGAGAUUUUAUUUUUUUCUUUGCCUUUUGUCCUUACCAAGCAAGAGGUCCCUCUUUGUGUCAGAAGAAAAUCUCAACUUCCAAUCUCCAAUGCUCAUUUGUCCUUCUUCCCAUCAUUCAUGCCCAAUAAAGUGAGUUGUGUCAGAGUUAGUUAGUACUAGGAUUUCACACAGGAUUAUUUAUUUGAUUGUUAUUCACAUACACUUUUAACACACAGUUGCUACUAUAUAGCCUCCUCUCUCCUUACCCUCUUCAAGAAAACCCUAGUUUCUUUUCUUAUUGAUCUCUCUCUCCCAGUUUAUGAUCAUGGCUUCCAAGGAGAAACUGACAUUAAAGAAACACUCUAAUACUAAAACCAGAUUUACCCGUAGAUUCCUUGCUUCUCUUUUGAGGAUGAGAAGAGCUAAUAAUAACAGUAAUACAAGAGUUGGUUAUGCUUCUUCCCAUGAAGAAAUCCGUAGAAGAAGUCAUAGAAUAAAGAUUGCUUCUUAUUCAUCCAUGGCCCGUGCCGUCGGGUCGAGAAGGGUUUGGAGCAGAGCACUUCUUCUGAAGCUAAGAAAUCGAGCCAAGUUACAGGGAAUUCUGAGGAAUAAAUGUUUCGCUCUGAAGAAGAAGAGGAAACUUAUGGUUAAAAGUAAAGUUCCGGGUGAGAUGAGUAAGGCUGACACGCUUCGGACGCUUGUUCCUGGUGGUGAAACCAUGGAUUUUUGCAAGUUACUGGAGGAAACUGCAAGCUAUAUGAAAUGUCUUGCUACUCAGGUUAAAGUUAUGCAAAGUAUAGUGGAUCGCUACCCGAAAUGAAAGAUAGUUACAUACAUAUGAAGAUCAAAACAAGGACAAGAGAAAGAUGAGUAUAAAGAAUAAUAAAGAAAGAAAACAUUCUGUAGAAGACAUGUAAGGGAUCGAGGUCGGAUGGCAACCGGUGAGUAUCAUCUAAAGUAUAAUAUAGAUUAUUGGUACGGUAUACACAUGUGUAAAUCAAUCAAAGUAUAGCAAUUCAUCUGUCCUUUUUGAACGCGGUUUGGAAGUCACAGACUCAUUACCAUGAGUUUUUGUUUUGUUUGUACAUAGAUAAAAAAAAAAAAAAACUGACAGAACAGCUUUGUUAACUAUUAAUUAUGUUAUUUGUGUAUUCUUUUUCUUUGUGA